GCAGACCCCCCCUUCUCCCUUCCGUCACGUUUUCACCCCCCAGCCCUCCCCAAGCACAGGGGGUCGCACAGGGGUCACGAGCUGCCAGCCCCAUGCCCCAGUGACCUGACCCCUCCGUUUUAAUUCAUAUGGGGUCACGUUCAGAGAGCUCCAUCCGACACCAUGGCACCAUCCAGGAAGAAAACCAGCAAAAACAAUGUGCAGAAGAAAAAGCUCGUUGCAGUUUUGAAGGACUUUGACCGUGAAGUCCAAAUGAGAAUUCAUCAGCUACAAACAAAUGGGCAAAAUCUUCUCAAGGAAUUGGAUAAUCUUUAUAACAUAGAAAACCUCAGACUUCCUCUAGCACUGAGAGAAAUGAACUGGCUUGACUACUUUGCUAAAGGAGGAAGUGUAAAGGCCCUAGAAGAAGCAGCAACGGCAGAUUUGGAACUAUCAGAAAUAAACAAACUUACAGCAGAAGUUAUCCAGACGCCUUUCAGAAUUGUCAAAGCUGAAAAAUCCAAACAGGAUAUCGAUGCCAUUGAAGAAACAGAACUUAAUUUGCUCCCUGUAGCAAAGAAGAGGAAACAGGAUGAUAAAGCCCUUGAAGAAUCAGAGCCAGAACAUGAAAAUGUUAAUCCCAAAAUAGGAAAGAUGAAGACAUCAACCAAAAAAGUGCCAGUUUCGAAGAGCAGAAGAGCUCCAUCAGCAAGAGUGAAACGCAUUAGUAAAAGGUCAAGCAAAAAUAACUUUGUCACUCCAGCCCUUGGCCGAGUCCCCGAUGCCUGCACAUGGGGAAGGACCGCCACUGUCACCCCUAAGUUUGAUUCCAGGCUUUUCAAGACACCAGGUCUACGCACGCCUGCAGCGCGUGAGCAAGUCUACAUAGUCUCUGCAAACGGCAGCCCUCUUGCUAACAGCAAUGAUGUCAUUAUUACAGUCCCUGUCGGAGGAGGGGAGAGCAUUCGUUUAGCAGCCAGUGAGCUGACCAAAAGGCAUUUGAGUCAUCUCAAUCCAGAGACCCUGGGAAUUAUGAAGACGUUAUCAGUUCGUCUUGCACAAGCAUGCAGCAGCACGAACACCCAAAGAUGAAAUUUCAGGGAUAUUGACUUUCUUUGUACAUCUGGAACAUCAAUUUUAGGACUACAACCUGAAUUCUUACUCUGUUUUACUUUUCUGUUACACGGUGGAGGUUAGGAACAGAUUUUCAGCCUGUAAUAUAUAAUGUGAUUAGAAUAGGUUGACUUCUUUUUGUACAGAAAAAACUACUUAGUUUCCUGUUUCAAGAUAGCUAGCUACCCCUUGGCCUUGGAUCCUCCAGAGUGCAUGAGAGGCAUGUCAGGUGGAUACAGCUGCCCUGCAACUUGCAGAAGAUCAAAGCAAUGGGACCUAUUGGAUUAUGGUGUGAUUGACAAAAGUCGUAUCUGAUUUGGGAGCAAAAGCGGUGGAGCUGCUCAUUGCACUUAUUACCAGGCAAGUCUUCUGUCUGUUGAUGUCGUCGUUGAAAGGCGCUAGUUAGUUGUAGUCUAAGAGCUGGAAUAUGAACUUCAAUUACAAGUAAUUAACAGGCGGGUGCUAAAAGAAUAUUUUCUUGCAGACUGGCUAAUGAAGCUGCCACGAGUGAUAGUGGUACAACGAAUCCUUUGUUUUGUUGUUCUCACAGCAGCCACUGAACUUUCGAUCCUGCUUUCCAGUUUACAGUGAACAAUGUACUUGAAGUCUUUUAUUGUACAUCCUGCCGUUGUUUUUAAAGAAAUGAAUACACUGGUAUGUUCUUAAACCCAUAA